CUUUCAAACUCCCCCUUCUCCUAACUUUACUCAAAUGGCAAAAAACGAAGCACUCUCUCCCAACCCUACAACUAGCCACUUUCAACUUCUCUGCUCAGCCUUCUCCACCCUCCUCAUCCUCGCCGGCAUCACUGCCCUCGUCCUCUAUCUCAUCUACCGCCCCUCUCGCCCCCAUUUUACAGUGCUCGGCGCCGCCAUCUACCACUUAAACAAAACUACCUUAGCAGCACCUGCCAUCGCAAUUUCCUCUAGCAUGCAAUUCACCGUCGCCAUUCACAAUCCUAAUAGCCGUGCAUCCGUUCAACUUGAUAAACUCUGCGCAUACCUCUCCUACCGCGACGAGCCCAUCACUCCAUCGUCCUCCCUGCCGUCUCUUUACGAGGAAGCGGGAGGUACCGUGGUCGUGUCACCGGUGUUCGGAGCAGAUAUAGUUCCGGUUUCGGCGGAGGUGGAGGGGGAGCUGAUGAAUGAUGAGAGUUAUGGUGUGGUGGCGCUACAAUUGGUGAUCAUGGGCCGGGUUAGUUAUCGGCCCGGACCGUUUAGGAGCGGUUUGGUUGGGUUGUAUGUGAAGUGUGAUGUAUUAGUUGGACUCAAAAAGGGGACUGCGGGUCAGGUCCCGUUGCUGGCUCAGCCUUACUGUAUUGUUCAUGCAUGAAUCCGGCUGUACCCAUGGAACUCCUUGUAUGAUACUUUUGUACAUUUUUAUACAGAUGUGUACAACAGUGUAUAAUUGUACUAGGAGUCCGCAUGCAUGCGACUCCGCAUCUAAUAUUUUCUCGACUCUCUGGGUUGUCUAUACUGAUUAUUGUACACUGCAUA